AAGCGCGUCCUUACCAACGCGUCGACAGCGCGAGGGGAGUCAUCGCGUACAUACUUGGGAAUCAAGGUCAGGUGCCGCUGAAGAAUCUCGAAUCGGAAGUCCUCGUGCCACAUCCCUCAACAUACAUCAACCAGCAACACCCCAACCGCUUCAUGGAUCCCCUCUUGAUGGAAGCUCAAGGACGGACCCUCUCGUGGUGGAUUCUCUCAGUACGGAUCCUCCCGUGAUGGAUUUACUCAUGACGGAUUCUCUGGUCACGGAUCCUCUCUUGAUGGACCCUCUCAUCAUGGCACACCCACCAGCAUCUUGUACGGCAGCUCACAGCAUCGAGUCGGUGCCCUGCAAGUUAUUCGCGCUUCCACGCGAGCUCCGCGACGAGAUCUACGCUUUAGCCACUUGCUCCAGCCUGCCGGUCUACAUACCAAACCCUCAACGCAAGGGGUACUUCGGCCCGCCGCUCGCCUACGUCUGCAGCCAAAUGCGCGCGGAAGUCUUGCCGAUCUACUUCGCACGGAAUACGUUUGCCACGAAUUGCAAGAUUUCCACAAAUGGGUACACCGCCGAGCCCGAGAGCCCACUCAAGGCUCUCGUCGGCCAUCCCUACUCGAAGUCAUUCCGGCAAUUGAAGUGGUUUAGCGGCACCAUCGGCGCCGUGUACGAAGAUGGUAGCGCGUGGCUCUUGGAUCCCAAAGGAGCGAUUAUCAUCGACGUUGAAUCGAGUGGCGGGAUGCAGUACUCGGGCUGGACCGCAUUGAAGCGAUGUGGCUGUGAGGUGGGCAAGGAGAUACUGACGGCGCUGCAGGAGUUCGAUCCGCGCAGCUUCCGUGGUGGUAUCUACUCCAGAGCCAUGUGCGAGGGACUGGGGUUUCCCGAUGGGGAUUCGGACAACAACAUGAAGGCAGAAGUGUCGUGCGUAACCUGCGGUGUGCGUGCGCUGUCUGGGGAUGAAGGAGGACGUUAUUUUGCAGUGAGCGACGUCAAGCUCUGGAAGGACCGCUACAAGAGACGUGCCGAGAGCUUGAGUGAGCACUCGCAACCUGACCGUGUGUCUCCGCAAGCGCAAACCGCCUGGGCUCAAGCAACGCCCAGCGUUGCGAUCCAACAGAAACACCGGCUUAUGUCGCCGAGGAAGGCCAAGAAGCAGAGGCAAGCCUAGAGAGCGCUGCGCAAGGCUAAGGAAGAGAGUACGGAAGCGGCCAUGGAUGGAGAGGAUUAGCGGUGGUUACUUCCAGCUGUUUUAGGACGCACGGUGCGACGAGGCUGCAGUCCGUGACUCAACUUGGGGGA